UGGACAACAUUCUCCAGUUGAAAAUGACAUCAUCGGAAUGGCACCUCCCUAACUUCAACAAAACUUAAAAUAAACAGAUUCUGAAGUUGUAUCAUUUGAAAAAUGGAAUCUUGAUUACAAUAAUCUGCUGGUCCCCUUGAAUUUCGUGCUGAAAGACAUUACUCUUUAAACACCACCAAAUUCUCUAGUAGACAAAAAUCAAAGUCAUACGAUUUUCCUGGUCAAUCAUCAGUUUACCUUUUCUCCAACUCCAAAGAUCCAACCAUUGAAAUUUAUCCUUAUUCUGUAAUCCGUGCCUUGAAGAUGUUUGUGAAAAGGCCUCUAUAAGAUCUUGAUUUUAUUAGGUCAAUUUGGGUCUGAAACUUUGAUUAUAUUAGGUCAAUACACAUGGGUUUGGGAGAUUUAAGGUGUUGAUGGUGUAUUCAUGGCUAGGGCAACUGUAAAUAUUGGGGGUGCUGCAAAUAGUAGAGCAAGUUCAGGGAUGCCAAGCUUUAUUUCCCAAGCACCAGUUUCCAAUACCAUAGGUAGAGAGCCGAACGCUACACAGACUUCUAAGUGGCCUGAUUUGGGGGGUCUCGAACAGUAUAUUGGAUUUCGUGUAGGGGAUGCCGGUAAUGCCACCCAUGGAAGCGGUUGUUCUAACGCGGUGGAAGUGUUUAAUCUAGUUCUGAAUAGCCAAGCGACUAGUCUGGAUCAUCAUAAUCAGUCAGGUGCAUUCAAUAUGUCUAGUGCUUCAACAAACGCAAAUUUCUUUCGAUCCGGGGCAGGGCAACUGCAGAAGGGCAUGCAGAAAAAUAUAGUGUCUGUAACCGGAGCUCAGAAUGAAAACUGGAGAGAGUCAAACAUGGCAGAUUCGAGUUCACACACAGAAACCUCAACAGAUAUGGAUCCUGAUGAUAAAAAUAACAAGUUUGAGUCUGCGGAUGUUGGAGCCGGAGAUUCCAGUGACAGAUCGAAGACAUUGCGGAGGCUUGCUCAGAAUCGAGAGGCUGCUAGGAAGAGCAGACUGAGGAAGAAAGCCUACGUGCAGCAGCUGGAGAAUAGCCGUCUGAAGCUGACUCAGCUGGAGCAGGAGGUGCAGCAGGCACGCCAGCAUGGCGUGAUCGUUUCAAGUAAUGGAGAACAAUCUAGCACAGGAACUGGAAACGGGACCUUAUCUUUCGAUAUGGAAUAUGCAAGGUGGGUGGAAGAGCAGAACAGAAGGAUAAACGAGCUGAGGGCAGCUGUAAACUUGCAUGUGGGUGAUGCACAGCUGGUUACAAUUGUGGAGAACACUGUGGCACACUUCAACGAGAUCUUCACGCUGAAAGGUAACGCAGCCAAGGCGGAGGUGUUUCACAUCUUAUCGGGAAUGUGGAAGACUCCCGCAGAGAGGUGUUUUCUAUGGAUUGGUGGUUUCCGUCCAUCAGAACUUCUGAAGAUUCUGGUGAGCCAGCUGGAGCCCCUGACCGAGCAGCAGCUGUUGGGGAUCAGCAACCUGCAGCAGUCGUCGAACCAAGCAGAAGACGCCCUCUCGCAGGGUAUGGAGGCGUUGCAGCAGUCUCUAGCAGAGACGUUGGCCAGUGGUUCGACUGCGAAUGUGGCGAAUUAUAUGGGUCAGAUGGCGAUGGCGAUGGGCAAACUAGGCACUCUUGAGGGUUUUCUACAACAGGCGGACAACUUAAGACAGCAAACUCUGCAGCAGAUGCGUCGCACACUGACGACGCGUCAGUCGGCUCGUGCUCUUCUGUUGAUACACGACUACUUCUCAAGGCUCCGGGCCCUUAGCUCUCUGUGGCUCGCGAGGCCAAAGGAAGGGUAGAUAUGUGUCAAGAAGAACGAGGAAUCUGCGACGCAAGAAUGGCCCUGAACAGUGUGGUUUCCAUGUCCACAUUCUGAUUUUAUGAAAUAGGGCAAAUAAUCACGUAUUCAUAGGUUGAUAUAAUAGACAGAUGAUGAUAGAUCAUGUACAGGCAAGAAGAAGAAUACAAGUCAAUCAAAUUGACUUCAAAUAGAUGAAAUAAUUAGCACAUUCGAACUCGAUUUGUCUUUUAAAAUGGGUACAUAUCAUUUUACCCCAGAAAAA